AUGCGUGAACCAAACGUCGUUUCCUGGACUUCGGUUAUCUCGGGGUACAACGAGACGGGUCAACCCAAAACCGCUCUUUGCAUGUUUCAGGAAAUGAGCAAAGACAUAUCCGUGCCUCCCAACGAGUUCACAUUCGCAAGUGUCUUCAAAUCCUGUUCUGCUUUGGCCGAGUCAAGAAUCGGGAAAAACAUCCACGCCCGUCUCGAGAUCUCCGGUCUCAGAAGCAACACCGUGGUGAGCUCCUCUCUUCUUGACAUGUACGGGAAAUGCAACGACGUGGAAACAGCUAGACGGGUUUUCGACUCCAUGCUCGGUUGUGGAAGAAACGUUGUUUCUUGGACCUCGAUGAUCACUGCUUAUGCGCAGAACGCUCGUGGACACGAAGCUAUUGACUUGUUUAGAUCAUUCAACGCUGCUUCAACAUCUGAUAAACCGAAUCAGUUUAUGUUGGCUAGUGUGAUUAGUGCUUGUUCUGGUUUAGGUAGGCUUCAAUGGGGUAGAGUCGCUCACUGUGUAGUGACUCGACGUGGGUACGAGUCGAACCUUGUGGUUGCUACUUCGCUUCUUGAUAUGUACGCGAAGUGUGGAUCGUUAAGCUGUGCGGAGAAGAUCUUCUUGAGGAUUCGAUGCCACUCUGUUAUAUCGUACACGUCUAUGAUCAUGGCAAAGGCAAAGCAUGGAUUUGGAGAGGAAGCGCUUAAACUGUUUAAUGAGAUGGUUGCGAAGAGGAUUAAGCCUAACUAUGUGACGUUACUUGGUGUGUUGCACGCUUGUGGUCAUUCGGGAUUGGUGAAUGAAGGGUUAGGGUACUUGAAUUCGAUGGCUGAGAUGUUUGGUGUGAGUCCUGACGCGAGGCAUUACACUUGUGUUGUUGAUAUGCUUGGGAGGUUUGGCCGUGUUGAUGAAGCUUAUGACUUGGCUAAGAGGAUAGAAGUUGGUGCAGAGCAAGGUGCGUUGUUGUGGGGAGCUCUUCUUUCAGCUGGAAGGUUACAUGGAAGAGUUGAUAUUGUCUGUGAAGCGAGCAGGCGGUUGAUACAAUCGAAUCAGCAAGUUACAAGCGCGUAUGUUGCGUUAUCUAAUGCUUACGCCUUAGCUGGAGGAUGGGAAGAUUCAGAGUCUCUUAGAGUGGAGAUGAAGCGUGGUGGAAAUGUGAAAGAACGAGCUUGUAGCUGGAUUGAGGUUAAGGGUUCGGUUUAUGUUUUCCAUGCUGGUGAUUUGUCGUCGUGUGAUGAGAGCGGUGACAUUGAGAGGUUUAUGAAGGAUUUAGAGACGAGAAUGAAGGAGAGAGGGCACAGAGGAAGUAGUAGUAGUGUGAUUACAACAAGUUCGUCUGUUUUUGUUGAUGUUGAUGAAGAAGCUAAAGAGGAAAUGGUGAGUUUGCAUUGUGAGAGAUUGGCUUUAGCGUUUGGAUUGAUUCGUUUGCCUGAAGGAUCGACGAUUCGGAUUAUGAACAACUUGAGGAUGUGUAGAGAUUGUCACGAAGCUUUCAAGCUGAUCAGUGAGAUUGUGGAGAGAGAGAUUGUUGUUAGGGAUGUGAAUAGGUUUCAUUGUUUCAAGGAUGGAUCUUGCACUUGUCGUGAUUUCUGGUGA